AUGCCACUGGGGGGGUUUGCGGGUCUAAAGGAGAAGCUUAAACCAGGGAAGGAGGAGUUGAAGAACAAUGUGGGCGACUCUCUGGGGAACCUACAAAAGAAGAUUGAUGGAGCUAAUGUGGCUGAAGAGGACAACAUAGAGCUGACAGAAGACGGUCGGCCUGUAGCAGCCCCUAAACGUAGCCCACCCUUGUUGGAUUGUGGCUGCUUUGGCCUUCCCAAACGUUACAUCAACGCCAUCCUCAGUGGCCUGGGUUUCUGCAUCUCAUUUGGCAUCCGAUGCAACCUAGGUGUGGCCAUUGUUGAAAUGGUCAACAACAACACUGUCUACAUCAAUGGGACUGCCGUCAUGCAGCCAGCUGAGUUCAAUUGGGAUCCAGAGACAGUGGGUUUGAUACAUGGCUCUUUUUUCUGGGGCUACAUAGUCACUCAAAUCCCAGGAGGAUUCAUCUCCAAUAAGCUAGCAGCUAACAGGGUGUUUGGGGCAGCAAUAUUUUUGACGUCAGUGUUAAACAUGUUUAUUCCAUCAGCUGCCAGGGUCCACUAUGGCUGUGUCUUGUUUGUGAGAAUCUUACAAGGACUGGUGGAGGGUGUCACUUAUCCAGCUUGCCAUGGUAUGUGGAGCAAAUGGGCUCCUCCACUGGAGAGAAGCCGUCUGGCUACCACCUCUUUCUGUGGAUCUUAUGCAGGGGCUGUGAUAGCCAUGCCACUGGCUGGAAUAUUAGUGCAGUACGUAGGCUGGCCCUCUGUGUUCUAUAUAUAUGGUGUGUUUGGCAUUAUAUGGUAUACAUUCUGGCUCCUCUUAGCUUAUGAAAGCCCAGCGAUACACCCCACCAUCAGUGAUGAAGAGAGGACAUAUAUAGAGACCUCUAUAGGGGAGGGAGCCAGUUUAAUGAGUGCAACUGAGAAAUUCAAAACUCCCUGGCGUGAAUUCUUUACAUCUAUGCCUGUCUAUGCCAUUAUUGUGGCAAACUUCUGCCGCAGCUGGACCUUUUACCUCCUGCUCAUUAGUCAGCCAGCUUACUUCGAAGAGGUCUUUGGGUUUCCCAUCAGUAAGGUGGGUAUUUUGUCAGCUGUGCCCCACAUGGUGAUGACUAUCAUCGUGCCGAUAGGAGGCCAGCUGGCUGACUACUUGAGGAGUCGGAAAAUCCUCUCUACUACAACUGUGCGCAAAAUCAUGAACUGUGGAGGUUUUGGCAUGGAGGCCACGUUACUGCUGGUGGUGGGAUUCUCGCACACACGUGGAGUGGCUAUCACAUUCCUCAUCUUGGCUGUGGGCUUCAGUGGAUUUGCAAUAUCAGGUUUUAAUGUUAACCAUCUGGACAUAGCCCCUCGCUAUGCCAGUAUUCUUAUGGGCAUCUCCAAUGGAGUGGGCACUCUGUCUGGUAUGGUAUGCCCCCUCAUCGUUGGGGCACUCACCAAACACAAGACUCGUCUGGAGUGGCAGCAUGUCUUUGUGAUUGCCUCCAUGGUGCAUUACUCUGGCGUGAUCUUCUAUGCCAUCUUUGCCUCGGGUGAGAAGCAGGACUGGGCUGAUCCCGAGAGCACUAGUGAUGAGAAAUGUGGCAUCAUUGGGGAAGAUGAGCUGGCUGAUGAGACAGAGCCCAGUAGUGACAGUGCCCUGGCAACCAAGAAGAAGACCUAUGGAACCACAGAUAACUCCUCAGGGCGCAAGCAAGGCUGGAAGAAGAAGAGAGGGGUGACCAUGCAAGACGAAGAAGAUCACGGAUCAAAAUAUUAUGAAAAUGGGGAAUAUCAAAACCAGUAUCAAUGA